UUACAGUACUUUUUUCUAAAAGAGAAUAAUGUUAGUUACGUUCUCGACAGCCAUAUUAGAUUAUACUCCGUAAGAACUGUCAUAUUUCAUUCAUUCAUCCUUGUGGUUUCGUUGAAUUUCUCGGUUUACUUACAGCUUUAUUUACAUUUAUCGAAAUUAGAAAACGAAAUAGUUUUAUACCCACCCAUUUCCAACACGUUUCGAUUGAGAAAUAGUGCUCAAUGUGACUAGAAAUAGAGCUUAAAUUUGUGGCAAAGCGGCCUUCAAUACGCAUAGAUUCACAGACAUUAUUCCAAAUGUAUUGUUUUGAUAGAUAAUGGAUCCGAGAAUGUGCAGAAAAAUCAGUAGUAGUGAAAGUCUUCCAGAUGCUGAAAAUGUGGAAUACGAAGUUGCGAGCAUCAUCGCGCCGCAAGAGAGCGAGGAGAACCUGCUGGAGGGCAGCCCCGAGCUGCGCUCCGUCACCUGGCUGGACGACGACCAGAUCGAGGACCUAGAUCUUAAUUUAGACCAAACUAACCUAUUUUUCCAUAGAGUCGAUAGUGCAGAUAUAAUUUAUAGAAGUAAGAAGAAAAGAUGCAAAAUGGUCGGGAAAUACGUUAUGGGGGACAUAUUAGGGGAGGGUUCGUACGGGAAAGUGAAGGAGAUGUUGGACUCGGAGUCGCUGUGCCGGCGCGCGGUGAAGAUCCUCAAGAAGCGCAAGCUCCGCAGGAUACCCAAUGGAGAGCAGAACGUGCAGCGAGAGAUACAGCUGCUCCGGAUACUUAGACAUAAGAAUGUGAUAGAACUAGUCGAUGUUUUAUUUAACGAUGAAAAACAGAAGAUGUACCUUGUCAUGGAGUUCUGUGUGGGUGUGCUACAGGACAUGUUAGAGUCAAGCCCCGGCAAGAAGUUCCCGCAGCAGCAAGCCCACAACUACUUCACGCAGCUACUAGAUGGGCUGGAUUACUUGCACGGGCAGGGAGUUGUGCACAAGGACAUCAAACCGGGAAACCUGCUGCUUACUCUUGAUUCCACUCUGAAAAUUACUGAUUUUGGUGUUGCUGAGGCACUAGACAUGUUCUCGCCGGAGGACACGUGCUACACAGGACAGGGCUCGCCCGCCUUCCAGCCGCCGGAGAUCGCCAACGGCGCCGAGCAGUUCUCGGGCUUCAAAGUCGACAUUUGGAGCAGCGGCGUCACACUAUACAACAUGACGACGGGCCGCUACCCGUUCGAGGGGGACAACGUGUACCGGCUCCUGGAGGCGAUCGGUCGCGGCGAGCCGGCGCCGCCGCCUGCGAACCUAGGGUCUACACUACGGUCCCUGCUUAUAGCUAUGCUUCAGCGCGAGCCGCAGCGGAGGCCCAGCGUUUAUGAGAUCAGGAGACACGCAUGGGUGCAAGCGACGCCGCCGCUGGAGGCCGGCGAGCGAGCAGUGAGCCCGCGAUCACGGCGCUCCGACGACCUGCACUCCUCCACCGUGCUCCCCUACCUCGUGGAGCGGCACUACGGCUCGCAGGACUACUUCACCGGCGACCUGCACCACGAGCUGGGCGACGGUGGCUCCCGCACUCUGUCUACAGCUGAAUUAUCGGAGCAGUCGUCACGCAAGCACCGCUGGCACUCCGCCUGCGGCCGUCUCCCCUCCUGCCGCCUCACGUGAUCCAACUGUCCCCGACCCACUAUGUAGGACCAUUGAGGUUUAGUCGCCAUACAAUACCUACAGAACUCCACGGUGGCUCCCGCACACUAUUUAUGUACAUCUGGAUUGUCUAAGCAGUCGUCAUGCGAUCAUUGCUGGCGGCCGUCUCCCUUCAUACUGCCUAACGUGAUCCAUGCCCCUAAACCAACUAGGACCAGACAUUCUAUUCUCACCAAACAAGGAACAUUAUUUUGAGUGGAUCAACUUUUUCUUGACACUUACCAUGGUUACGUCUCCUGCCACCUUACGCAAUCUAAGCGUCUCCGACCCACUAUCUAGGACCAUUACGAUUCGGUUGCCACACAAUACCUACAGAACUCCAAUUCUCCCGCACUCUAUCUACAGCUGAAUUGUCUGAGCAGUCGUCACGGAAAUACCGCUGGCAUUUCGCCUGCAGCCGUCUCCCCUCCUGCCGCCUUACGGGAUCCAAUCGUCUCCGACUCACUAUCUAGGACCAGUCAUUAUUCAGACACUAAACCAGUAACAUUACUUGACACUUGUUGCCUGGGUUACAUCUCCCUGCCGCCUCACGGCAUCCAACCGUCUCCGACCCACUAUCUAAGACCAGUAAUUCUGUAGUGGCUAAACCAGGGACAUUACUAAGCGGCCUGGAACAUUACUUAAGUGGAUCAACUUUUGAACCGUAAACCGUAACGGACGGUUACAGUUUACGGUUCGAUUUAUAAUGGUUAAUGGCCAAAAAUGGUUAAAUGCAUUAACGUUUCGGCCAACACUGUCUAGGACCAUAGCUAUUUAUGUAGUCGCCUACACAAUACCUACAGAACUUGAUGAAUGCUUUUGCGCCCUAUCUACAGUGGAAUUGUUGGAUCCAUCGGCCCGCGAAUACACCAUUCUUUUGGUCGGCAAUUAUAUAACCCAAUUAUUAGAUCAAAACUUACGGUAAAAUAUGUGAGUGAAACUAACGGCCCCCAAUUUAUUUCUACUUUAAGGUUUGAUGUAAAAUUAUUGUAAUUAUUUUACCUGUACUAAUGCAGUUUGGUUCGUUCAUGUGCUUAUGUUUAUAUUACUGCUCGGAUUCGCUAUUUGUAUGUGUAUAUGAUGUCCGUGUAAGCUAUAAUUUAGUUUGCAAUUAAUAAAUACCAAUAUACCUGAUAUUUUUGUUAAAAAAACUGUGUAUGGGCGUUAAGUGUUUUCGGCAAAGCAGAAGAAUUUGGAUUGUAACAGAUACUGAAAGGGUUAAUAAUAAUAAACAUUGCAUACACAAUUUUGUAAUCGCUAUCAGAUACCUUAAAGCAAACAAGCGUUUAGAAACAUCUGCGCACGAACUUAUUCAGGACGUUAAAAUUUGAUCGGAUAUUUUUGAUUGCGUGUUUAAUGGCGACUCUACAGGUUUAGAAAGUUCUUGAUCUUUGUCUUGUCCAUUCUUUAUGACAAUAAAUACGAAAUGAUAUUGAUAAUGUACGAAAGAUAUAAGCAAUAAUCAAUACUACAUAUAAAAGAGGUAAUAUCCGGAUAUAAAAACAACGUAUAAAAUAUCAAAUUAAAUCUGUGUAACCCUUAAAACCUACGUAGUACAUUUAUUAAUAAUAGGUACAUAAUAUGUAGUUUACUUACCAUUGGCAAAGAGAAUAGAGUGUAUAGAGGCGGAUUGUCAAAGUAAAUUAAGUAGCCACUGUAAAUUGACUGCCAUCUUUCGACAGAAUAUUAUAACUGUUAGAACGCCAUUUGACUUUGAUCU